AUGUCGAGAAGCCCUCUCUUGCUCAUCCGCUCCUCUCCCGCUCUGGGCACCGGCUCGUAUGGCGCCGUACCUCUCUUAGAAGCACGGUCGAGGUCGAAUUCGAUCUCGGACGACGAAGAGAAUGGCCACCUUCAGCCACGGAGCAGUAAGAGUCGUGGGAAACGGGUACAGUCAGAACACGAUUCCCAGAGCAACCAUGCACAUUUUGCGGAUGCUCGACGACGGUAUCGCAGUACAGAGUGGCCGCGGACACGGCGGAGGCACUCUUCUUCAGCCAGCGAUAUCGGAAUGGGCCUGGAUUCAAAGACAUCCUUCGGAGUCAGUGGACUCAUUGGCGCUGGUAAAGGAGAAUCGUCGCCCGACAGUACCCCUGAAAACGCAACCUCGGACGACGAUGAAGAGGGCGACGUGGCCGCGGAGGACGAUCCUCCUGACAAUUCUCCCUAUCCUGAAGUACGAGCCUCAGUCCCGGCGACGGACAAUGCGUCCUUGUCUAUCAAUACACCUCGCAUGUGGAUUUUGUCGUUGUUUUUCGCAAUAGCGGGAUCGGCGACCAAUUUAUUCUUUUCCCUGCGUUAUCCUAGCGUUGCUAUAACUCCAGUCAUUGCGCUGGUCCUGGUCCACCCUAUGGGCAAACUAUGGGAUUUGCUUCUGAAACGAAGCUCCGACCCUGACGAGAUUUUCGUCAAUGGAACACUCCAGGCCAAAGACGGUGUCUUUUCACAGUCGCGCGGCCAGCGAAUACGGUCUUGGCUCGCUCAAGGACGCUGGAAUGAGAAAGAACAUGCUUGUGUGUACAUUUGCAGCAACGUGUCGUUUGGUUUCGCAUUCGCAACCGAUGUCAUUGUCGAGCAGCACAAGUUCUACAAGCAGGAGGUUCCCAUUCUCUAUCAACUUCUGCUCACCAUUUCUACCCAAAUACUGGGGUAUGCAUUUGCUGGACUCACGAGGAGAUUUCUUGUUAGACCCGCCGCAAUGAUCUGGCCGGGCACUUUAAUGUCGACCGCCAUGUUUACAACAAUGCACAAGGAUGAAAAUAAGCCAGCGAACGGAUGGGGAAUCUCACGAUAUCGCUUUUUCAUUUAUGUUUGGGCAGCAGCAUUUGCGUGGUAUUUCCUACCCGGGCUCUUAUUUCCAGCAUUGAGUUACUUCAGCGUCGUUACAUGGUUUGCACCAAAGAAUGUGGUUGUCUCGAAUCUAUUCGGUGUCGCUUCUGGACUGGGCCUUUUCCCCAUGACCUUUGACUGGGCUCAGAUCGCCUAUAUCGGCUCACCGCUCUUGACCCCGUGGUGGGCAGCCGCCAACGUGGUAGGAGGCUUGGUACUAGUCAUGUGGAUCGCAGCACCUAUCCUAUACUACAAAAAUGUUCUUUUCUCAGGAUACCUCCCUAUACUCUCCUCGGCCGUCUUUGACAAUACCGGCAAACCCUACGAUGUCAGCAAGAUUCUUACCCCGGACUUCCUGUUCGAUAAGGAGGCGUAUGACAACUACUCCAAAGUCUACCUUCCCAUAACCUACGUACUCUCCUACGGAGUACAAUUUGCCUCACUUUCCGCACUUCUGACCCAUACGACGUGCUGGCACGGUCGUGAUAUCUGGCGUCAGUCACAACAAGCGUUCAAUGAAAAACAAGAAAAGGCGGGCAUCGGGUACCAGGCCCUUCCGAAUCCAGAUCGUGAAUACAGCCUACGCAGGGUCAGUAGUCAAACGAUCAGAGCCGGAGGUGAGGAUGUUCACAAUCGACUCAUGAGACGAUACGAAGAUGUCCCAAUGGUAUGGUAUGCACUCACCUUUGUGGUGAUGCUAGUCGUGGGUAUAUUCGUCGUCGAGUAUUAUCCAGUUCACCUGCCUUGGUACGGUUUGCUGAUGGCGCUCGGGAUCACCACCGUUUUGUUCAUUCCAGUGGGCAUUGUCAUGGCCAUCACAAAUCAACACAGCAGCCUAUACUUGAUCUGCCAGCUCAUCUGCGGCAUGGUGUUUCCUGGGCGUCCCGUUGCCAACAUGGUGUUUGUGACGUACUGCUAUAUUAGCUCUGCCCAAGGCAUCAAGUUUUCCUCCGACCUGAAACUGGGCCAUUACAUGAAGAUCCCCCCGAAACUGUUGUUCAAAGUCCAGAUGGUUGCCACGCUGGUCUCGAGUCUGGUACAGAUUGGCGUCCUAAACUGGAUGUUUACCAACAUUCCUGGGAUAUGCACUCCGCAGGCGAUCAACGGAUUCAAUUGUCCUAUUGCCCGGGUACAUUUCAACGGCAGCAUACUAUGGGGAGUAGUCGGUCCUCAGCGGUUCUUUGGACCCGGUGCAUUGUACAGGCCUUUGGUGUGGGCGUUCUUGGUUGGCGCCAUUGCUCCAGUUAUUGUGUGGCUCAUGGGCCGCGGCAAGAAGAAGACGAUAUGGCGCAAGAUCAACUUCCCGGUCCUGUUUGGCAGUCUGAGUUGGAUCCCACCUGCGACUGGGCUCAACUUCUCAAUCUGGGGAGUGGUGUGUUUUGCUUUCAAUCACGUCAUGAAACGUCGUGCCCCGGCGUGGUGGGGAAAAUACACCAUGACCAUGUCUGCGGCGUUGGAUUCGGGAUUGGCCUUUUCCCUUGUCGUCGUCUUCUUCGGGUUUGUGUAUCCCGGUGUGAUGGAUGGCUUCAAGUGGUGGGGUACCGAGAUUUACAAGCAGGGCUGUGACUGGAAAGCAUGUCCAUGGUUGAAGUUGGGUCAAGGGGAGAAGUUCGGGCAGUGA